AUGAACAUCAUGUUUCCAGCCACCCGCCGCCUUUCUCUUCCUGCUCGCUCCAUGCCAACUCGACGCCAAUUCCAUGCCUCGGCGCCCGCAUUCGUCAGGGUGGGCGACAAGCUCCCAGACGCUGACCUGGUCGAGGGCUCACCUGGCAACAAAGUCAACCUUGCCAAAGAGCUAAGCAGCGGCAAAGGCAUCGUCAUUGGUGUCCCCGCAGCCUUCAGUCCCUCUUGCAGCGAAAAACAUAUCCCCGGCUACAUCGAGGCGAGCAAGCUCAAGGAUGCCGGCAAGGUCUUCGUCGUCUCAGUCAACGAUCCAUUCGUCAUGAAAGCGUGGGCCAAGUCACUCGAUCCAUCAGGUUCGAGCGGUACUGAAUAUAUCAAAACCCCUUUUUCGGUGAACCCAACCCGGCGUUUACAAAAGGUCUUGAUCUUGCCCUUUAAGGAACUUCCAUCUUUGGAGGCCAUCGUUCCAAGCGGUACGCCCUGA